CCCCCUCCCUCGGCUGCUCCCGGCAGGCGGGGAGCUGAACGGCCAGGGGCGCGCAGGAGGCGCGCAGAGCUCUCGGGCUGCCCUCGCUCGCCGCGCCUGGGGAAUUGGGCUGUGGGCGAGGCGGCCAGGGCUGGCCUUUAUCGCUCGCCCCGUUGGUGGUUUGAAACUUUAUCAGCGAGUCUCGCCACUCGCCGCAGACGCGAGCGGGGGGCGGGGGCGCGGCGAGGCGCCGGCAGCCGUGACGAGGCGCUCCCGGCGCUGAGCGCUUCUGCUCGGGGCACGCAUGGCGCCCGCACACGGAGUCUGACCUGAUGCGGACGCAAGGGGGUUAAUAUGAACGCCCCUCUCGGUGGAAUCUGGCUCUGGCUCCCUCUGCUCUUGACCUGGCUCACCCCUGAGGUCAGCUCUUCAUGGUGGUACAUGAGAGCUACAGGUGGCUCCUCCAGGGUAAUGUGUGACAAUGUGCCAGGCCUGGUGAGCCGCCAGCGACAGCUGUGCCACCGGCACCCGGACGUGAUGCGGGCCAUUGGCCUGGGAGUGGCCGAGUGGACGGCAGAGUGCCAGCACCAGUUCCGCCAGCACCGCUGGAACUGCAACACGCUGGACCGGGAUCACAGCCUCUUUGGCAGGGUCCUGCUCCGAAGUAGUCGGGAAUCUGCCUUUGUUUACGCCGUCUCCUCAGCUGGAGUUGUGUUUGCCAUCACCAGGGCCUGUAGCCAAGGAGAACUAAAAUCCUGUUCCUGUGAUCCAAAGAAGAAAGGAACCGCCAAGGACAGCAAGGGCAAUUUCGACUGGGGUGGCUGCAGUGAUAACAUUGACUAUGGGAUCAAAUUUGCCCGAGCCUUUGUGGACGCCAAGGAAAGGAAGGGAAAGGAUGCCAGAGCCCUGAUGAACCUUCACAACAACAGAGCUGGCAGGAAGGCGGUAAAGCGGUUCUUGAAGCAGGAAUGCAAGUGUCACGGCGUGAGUGGCUCGUGUACUCUGCGGACAUGCUGGCUGGCCAUGGCCGACUUCAGAAGGACGGGCGAUUACCUCUGGAGGAAGUACAAUGGGGCCAUUCAGGUCGUCAUGAACCAGGAUGGCACUGGUUUCACUGUGGCUAACAAGAGGUUUAAGAAGCCAACAAAAAAUGACCUCGUGUACUUUGAGAAUUCUCCAGACUAUUGUAUCAGGGACCGAGAUGCAGGCUCCCCAGGGACAGCAGGCCGCGUGUGCAACCUGACUUCCCGCGGCAUGGACAGCUGCGAGGUCAUGUGCUGCGGGAGAGGCUACGACACCUCCCGGGUCACCCGGAUGACCAAGUGCGAGUGUAAGUUCCACUGGUGCUGUGCCGUGCGCUGUCAGGACUGUCUGGAGGCCCUGGACGUGCACACGUGCAAGGCCCCCAAGAGCGCUGACUGGGCGGCUCCCACAUGACGUCGGCGGAAGGCCCCGCCCACCUGCCCUCCUGCAAGGACUCCGUGGGAUCUGCAAGGACCCUGGGCCACUGGGCUUUCUCGGGGAGAUACUUCCUAAGGCAUGUGACCUUUGUCUCAACAGAAGCCCCUUCUCCCUCCCUUAGGGCCCCAGGACAAGGGCCACAUGCUGCACAUAAAGCAUGCCUUAUCCUCCCCGACUUCCAGCAUUCUGGGGGCACAUCUCUUCCUGGUCAGGACAGACUGCUAAGAGGGGAAGGGGGGCAGCGGCGGGGUGGGGGUUGUCGAGCUGAUCCCAGUCUCCACCCACCUAGACCUUUCCUCUUUCUGGAGCACUUGGCCAGAGGGAAAGAGUGUCCCAAAGGAGCUUUUUCUGUGUCUCACGAUAAAUGCUCACAGUUUGAGAAAUUCUGUACUUUGCUCUGGAGGAUAAAGACAGCAGGACCAAUUGCCACUGAAUUAACUUUAUAUCUUGAAAAGACAAAGCAAGGCUUCUGCCUGAUCAAGUGAUUUUCACAGCCAACCCCUCCAGGGGUAAUUGGUAAUUGCUUGGAGAAGAAUGGCUUUCAAUGGACUUUAGGUUUCAAAUACAUAUUUUUCAAGGUGUUUAUUGCCUUAUUAAAGUCUGAUGUGACAAGGUGGGACCAUUGUCCUUUGGUACAGUUUGGAAUCUUUACAAUUGCAAGAGCCUUAGAAAGGAAUUGCUCUGCAUUACUGUCCCCUUGAUAUAAAGAAGCUUUGAGGAAUGAGACUUCUUCCUUAGGAU